AUGCCUUUCUAUCUACCGGCGUCAUUCAGAGUCAGUCUGCGCUUGGACACGCUGGAAGCAACACACGCAUCGCCUUCGACAUCACUGCGAGGCGAAAGAUUUCGCUGUUGAUCGUUGUUGCUCUCGAUCAAGCAAGCGCAACGAUCUUGGCGAGUGUUUCACUUUCAAACGGUGAUUGUGAUUGUUUUGCUGUAAACUCCGAUUAGAACUCCUCCACCGUUUUUGUACACUGCCAGAAACUCGAGUGACAUUUUUACAAUUUUGUGUGAUUUUUUGUGUUGUUUCAAGCUCCGAUAAUUAGUGCUUUCAGUGAGCGAAAGGUUUCAACGAAAGCGAAAGUUGCAGACACUUCGCUUCAUCUUCGUUAACGCACGCUCGCCAAGCUCGAUGAUCCGGAAAAAACCGGCUAGUGAAGUGCGAAAAGUUAGUUCUCUUUCCGUUUUCUUCGUGGAGAAACGUUUGCGUCGAUCGUUCCCAAAUGAAAGUGCAAGUGUUUGGCAGCUUUAAGCUGGAAUAAUUGUACGAUCGUACGUUAAUAAUUGUAUUAACGAUAAAAAGAGUAAAUAAUACGCUCUGGUAGAAAGGUUUAUGCCACUGAUCAGCGUGUGUAUCUUUAAACAGUGAGACUAAAAGUUAAGUUUAACAAUUAUUGCAACUGUCGACGUCUCAGAAGCAGUUGGGAAUUCUUCCAAAUUGAAUCACAAAAGUGGACAGCUUCUACUACAACUACAGCGAUGAGGGACGCCUUGGAAUCUUGGGCGUCUAUCACACUGGCGGUUGCGCUAGUCGGCAUCACGAUAUGUCCCCCGGUAUCAGCUGGUGAAAGAUGGUCACGCCAGCUGACAGAAUUCACCGGAGGACCAGUGGCCGGUAACGAUUGGAUUCCACUGUCUCGACCCAGCUCCGAACGCCAGGCAGGUGCUCGCGUUCUGAACUAUUUCACUGCCCCUCAGCAGACGUUUCUUGAUCCGGACAGUGCAGCACAAGCACAGCAGCAUCAUUUCACCUUCCUGAACCAUCAGUUUCCACAAUCGAACCGCUUUCUGCUGCAGCAACCUGCACCUCAGCAACAUCAACCUGCCCAAGAGCUCUUGGAGCAACCGUUCCAUUUGACCAGCUUCCAGCGAACAUCGCCAUUCGUGGGACAAACGAUACAACAUCCACCACCACCACCGCCACCACAACCGGCCGCCUCAGCGAUUCCCUUCGAGCAGCAGUUCCUCUCAAAAUCGCCCGUCUCGGAAGCGCUGAUCCAAGAAGAAAAGCAGCAGCACCAACAACAGCAACAAACGUCGCUUCUCGAUCAGCCCUUUUCGUACCAACAUAUUCGGCAGCCGGAGCUUGACGCUCACCCAGCCGGUCCACAAUCCGGUCCGAGUGGCGGCGCCGUUUCGCAAGAAGAAGUGCAGCUACUGUACGUUCCAGUCGAGACGCUCUACAACCAGAAGCAAUCGCAACCACCGCCUGAGAACACUCGGUUCAAUACGCUUCCGCAACCAGUUAGCCCAUCGUUGAUAAACGAUUUCUAUACUGCCGGUACGACCACCACCACGCCUAAACCUCCACGUACGAAUGCGGCUACCUUUGCGCCACGCUACACAAGUGCUCCCGAAACCCCGGCUCCAGCCUUAUCUCGAUCGUCCACAUCAACGCUUGGUGGUGCUUCAUCCAAGCCGAAACCGAAUCAACCACCACUCGCAUUGUUCUUGUACAACGAUGGCCGCCAGGGUAAGCUAUCCACCGGGGACGCACUCGGGGGGUUAAAGAACAUCAAUGAAAUCGCUGUGCUGGACGCGUUCGGUAAGAACACUCCGAAAGUCUUCAUCGGACCGUCCGGAUUGGCGCCGUCCAAAAGCUACUCCCGUUUCGAUCUGCCCUACCUGUCCAGUGUCGAUCUGUCGUCAAACCGUGCCAACCGCAAGAUCGAAGACCUUCCUUUCUUCGUAGCACCAUUGAGCUACAAAACUCCCAAUGGAUAUUCGAAGAUUGCUCUUCCGCCGCCGCAUGUCGGUUCGAUCAUCGUGCGCCAGGGCAGCUCCAGCAAUGGAAAUUCCUUGGAUCACAACACGUUCCACACAAGACCAACGGCACCUAGCAAUGUUCAGUAUUACACGCCUUCCACCUUAAACUUUGACGAUAGCUCAACAUCAACUAAAACGCCCGUCACUCUGGGCGCCUCUGGGAAGCCGAUCUACGAAACGGAUCACUAUACCUCGCCUACGGGCAAACCCGUCUCAUCUUCUUCCACGAAUGACCGAGGCGUUGCACACUUCGGUUCAUUCAGCAACCCGAACCCACUGCCUGCAAGCCGCCAUCCUAGCGUGAACGAAGAAUACUUCAACCUUGCCAAAACCAAGAAACCAACAACGAGCUCAGCCCUUGCUCCGACCACUCCAAACUAUCCGUUCCGAUCGUACGGCAGUACACGUCAGUUCGAUUUCAAGCCUAUGCCAGACCAAAAGAUCCCGCCAUCCUUCUAUCCGCAAGAGGAGGACGAUGCUUCCACAACCCUUUCGGCGACAACGACGACAACAGAACGUCCGACCACGGCUCAGCUACAGUUUGAAGCAGAGCGUAUGAGAACUCAUUUCCGUGAGGAAAAUUUCCGUAGCCGCCGCCCGCAUCACCAUCAACCUACCACUCCGGCAUCGCUGGACGAAAACAAGCCACAAGAGCAACAACAGCAACAACAAUUUGUGCACAAAUUCAAGUUGGUAGACUCAGUGCGUCCUAAUAAUGUUAAAUCGUCGGUAGUGGACCACGGCUUCCUGGACUUCUUUAACCAUGCGUCGCAUCAGCACACGGACGACAUGAUCAAGACAACGAUCACCACAAACCUUCCGGGUGGUGCAGAUCGGCAAGUCAUUCGAAACAACUAUUUCACGGCGUCGGCCGCGGCCAACGAAGACACUGGGGCAAACAGGCAUAGUAAAUUUGUCAGCACGUACUAUAACCCCUCUUCAACAGCAGCCGGUACUACGGCCGAGACGACGACGCCUGCCACAUUUACUACUCAGGAUAUGUUCUUCCGCGAGUUCGACCACCGCAGCAAAUUUUACGAGCGCGAACCGAAGUAUGAAACCAGCUUCCCGACCACUGUCGGUACCACCGGAACGAAUUACAUCAACAAGUACAAGUAUGACACGGGCUCGUUCAGUGAUGCCCCACGCUACUCAGUCGAAGUCGUCACGACCAGCGAACCGACUACAGGCACUGCCGAACCAACACAAGGCACAACUGACCCGCAGCACUAUAACAUACCCUCGGAGUUGCCACCGAUCAGUGCCAACCUCCCGGGUCUCGUGAAUGCGCUCAUGGACGAUCAAUGGCCACCAAAGGCAUCGGAAAUUGGCUCAGCAGCUGUAAACCCGCGAGGCCCUCAUUUCCGUAAGCAAUUGCACCGUACAACGACUCAGACGUCGGCUGCUGAACCGUACGGUACAGAACCAGCGACCACCACCACCAGACGGCCUCUACAGCGACAACGGCGACCACACCCUUCGCGUACGACUCCUGCCCCUGCCGCUCCGGCCGAAACGGGCGAGAACUCUGGCCCAAGCACCCGUGCCCCCAACUCACGAUCCCGUUCACGGUACGUGCCGAACAACGAGGAACGCACAUCGUCGCGCGGACGUAGCCGCAGCCGCACAACAACUCCGCGGGGCCCACGAAGGGAAGAAGAGAACCUGGAUUAUCAAAGGGACGUCCUAAAGCAAAACUAUCCCGUCAUUCGUCCACAAGGACCAGGUGCUUCCGCACCAACCACGACGCCGCCUUCGACAACGAUCGCUACGACGCCAUCGACCACAUUUGGCAACCAGGAACCGUACGAAGAAACAUCAGAGCGCCUCAUUGCUACAACCCUUGCCAAUGAGAUCCCACUAGACUCGGUUGAUCCGCAGCAACAAGUGACAAGUAAAUACUCUACAUAUUACAGCGAUUCGACCUACGAACGGGAGUCAUCCGCUACGACGGUUCUACCAUCGCAAACGUCGAGCUACUACGUGCCGUUGUACAGCACUCGAUCGCAAACGGGUGAUCGGCCGGAGGAAGAGGAAUACCUUCGACCUCAGGAAGUUUUACCUCUGAACCCCGAUGCAGAACCGGCUCACGCAGUGAUUCCGUUAGGAACACAAACUCCCGUUACUGAAGCAUCCCCGCAAACUGCUCCCCCGGUACAAUAUCUGCCAGAGAAGGAAGAAAGCGAAGAAAAACUCACCACUGCCUAUGGCCAACCGCUUGAUGACGCGAUGGAGCUAAAAAAGAUGGAGAUCACACCUCGUCCCCGGCGACCGGGACUCGUUUCACGCCAACGAGACUCACAACAGAGCUAUGCAUCGCGCACAACUACGGAACGAACCACAACGACACGCACAACAACCCCAGAACCGGCCGUGUCUGGGACAGGAUCACGCACAGCGUCCGGACGCAGACCGGCCUUUGUGCGACGGCCUUCGAGACUUUACGCCACUACGACUGUCAGCCCAAUUACAACCGCCGGAUACAGCAACGAACAGCAGCAGUCCACGCACGGAACUAACACCGUGCGUACGAAGAAUCGUCAAGAUAUUCUGCGCGGGCGUACACGUCGACCGACUACAACGACUGAACCUGCGGCAGCAGCAGCAACGACCGCCUCUCCGGAGGCUCCGGUGACACGAGCUUUUGGCAGAGGCAGCAAUUUGCGUCGCAUUUCACCGACAUUACGCUCCAGACAGGAGCAAACCGCAGCGGCUACUACGCAGCAACCAAGCACGGCGGCACCAUCCAGCAGCGGCCCACGGUUCCGCAUUCGAGAACGCACUCGGUUCAACCUGCAGCCACAGGAAUCGCAAUGGUCCACCAAACUAAAUCAAAACUCCUUCCAGCCAGUGCUGAAGUCCGAAUCGCGCACCAACGAUCUCGAGCAGGAGAACGUAUCAACCGAACCAGAGCCAGAAAUCGUAACUGCCGCACGCGACAACGAGAUGUUCUUUUUGAAUGUUUCGUCCAAGUACGGGCAAAAGGACAGCAGCAACCAGGGUGUGAAUGCAGAGGAUAGCACAGAAACCAGUGUUCCCUCAUUUGCUGACUUGUUGAACGAUGUUAUGAAGGAUUUCAUUGACGAUAACAGCCAGAAGAAACCGGAGCGCGACAGCGACGAGAAAGAUCAGGCCAGCACCGAAGAACAGCGACGACCUGUUGCUAGCUUCCGCAAUAAUUUCCUUCGCAAACGAGGGCGCUCGAAGGUUGUGGAUUCGUUUGAAACGGCCGAAUCACAGCACAUUAAUCAGGCGGCACAGGUUUACAAUGGACCGUCGCACUUUGGAGAAUCGCUCAAGAGUAUCGACCAUGUUGGGCUUUCGGGUAAGAAUGCGGCGCAGCAGAAUAACGCGAAGCAUGCCGACCAACAGGAAGCUUUUGAGGAGCAGGAAAACACAGCACAAGAAGAGGAGGCUACCGUAGCACCUGUCGAGAUCGUUCCAGGGGAAAUCGCAACGGAGGAAGUAUCAGUGGAAGUGAUUACACGGUUCGCAGAAGCUGAACCAAGCACGACAUCAACGCCGUCGACCACUACAAUGAAGCCAACACAAGAAGUGCCCACACUUGCCAGUUUGGAGCAAACAUCCACGAGCGUGCCGCAGCAACAAGAUCGCGUAGAAGCUGCUACCGAAACGCCAACCACUGUCGAACCAGUAUACGAUGACGAAUCGAGCUUUCUCGCGGAUGAUCAAUUUGUGAAAAAGCAGGCUCCGGGCGGAAUUUUCGCCGAUGUGAAAAAAACCAUUUCCGAUCUGUACGAAAUGGCCGAGCAUGACGCGGAAACGGAAGAAAUGGUUGAUGGUGGCGAGCCGGCAGGCAUUGAUGAGACUGAGGAUGACGAUUUCCAACCCACGGACGAUCCUCGAUCGCUCGGAGAUAGCUUUGAUGCACAGGCUUCGCCGGUGACGGACAUCAGUCCGAGUGAAACGCAGUUUGUGCAGGUUACCGCGGAACCGCCCACAUUCAUCAAUCCAAUGGGCUCGCUCGUUAUCCCGACAUCCGUUUCAAACGGUAUCACACACGAGACGGAAAUCUGCUACCGGGGACGUUGCAUAAAGACGGAAGACGACAAAAGGAAGCGGAAGUUCAAAUUAAACUAAGGGUGGGUUAAACACGGACACGGACAUUGCGUUUGGCCGUACACAAUAAUGCAGGGUGUGUCGAUUGUCUGUAAAAGUGUAGAGUCUUAUUUAUUUUAGUGAUUAGCUCAAUAAAGAAUGAUCGAAUCGAACCUUCCACUCGACGUUCGAGGAUGCGAUACUGGAA